AUUAAUGAUUAAUGUUUUGAGGAAUUUUCUACGUGAGAUUUUGAUGGCUACCUAUGGUUGCAUCUUAUCGUUAUCAAAAUCGUGGUCGCAGCUGGUAAUUUUUCCAUGAAUUCACAGUAUUCAUCGUUUGAUGUACGAGGAUCAGUUAGUCGUUAGGACACAUUCGUCAAGAUGGUCGACUUAAGACACGUAUUGGCUUUGCUACCUGUUAUAUUAGUUUCGAUUAAUGCGUAUGAUGUGACGAAUCCUGAGAUCUCACUCUUGACUCCUCGGGGAAUCCGAUUUGCAUACCCAGAUGAAUCUGGCACAACCCUGGUAGCUUUUCACUAUAACAUCAAUACACCACUAUCUGGUGUUGGGGCUGGUCAAUAUAACUAUGAUGUCACUACUACAACAGAUGGAUACUUCGUCCAUGAAAAUAGAGACGUGGAUGUUGAGAACGGUGAUGUGGUGUACUACUGGGUGUAUACAGUUUACACGGGCCUUGGUUACCAACUAACUGACCAAUCAUGGACAGCAUCUGAAACUACAGAAGCUCCUGCGACCAAUCCCCCUGCAACCGAAUCCCCUGUGACCAAUGCCCCUGCAACCGAGUCCCCUAACCCAGGCACCGGCACGACACAGUCUAGUGGUGGAGGUACGUCGCAGUGUAGCAUGUAUCCUUGCGAUGCAGCAUGUGACAUGUCCACGCCACCUUGCAAUGGUCUCAUCUUCCAAGAAGAGUUUGAUUCUUUCAAUCUUGACAUCUGGCAGCAUGAAAUGACUGCUGGAGGAGGAGGGAACUGGGAAUUUGAAUAUUAUACCAAUAACCGAUCAAACAGCUAUGUUCGGGAUGGAAAACUCUUCAUAAAACCAACACUUACCACCGAUAAAUUGGGAGAGGGUUCGCUGUCAUCUGGAACGUUAGACCUUUGGGGUUCAUCCCCAGCUAACUUGUGUACCGGUAAUGCAUGGUAUGGAUGUUCGCGAACGGGAUCCAAUGAUAAUCUAUUGAAUCCGAUACAGUCUGCUCGUCUACGUACUGUCGAAUCUUUCUCAUUCAAGUAUGGACGACUGGAGGUUGAGGCUAAGCUACCCACUGGUGAUUGGCUUUGGCCAGCUAUCUGGCUUUUGCCGAAGCAUAACGGAUAUGGAGAAUGGCCUGCCUCUGGAGAAAUAGAUCUGGUUGAAAGCAGAGGUAACGCUGAUAUCAAAGACGCGGAUGGUUUGUCAGCUGGAGUAGAUCAGAUGGGCUCUACUAUGCAUUGGGGACCAUUCUGGCCUCUGAACGGAUAUCCAAAGACACACGCAACAAAGAAUCUCCCCGAGGGACAAACUUUCGGAUCAGGCUUUCACAAGUACACAUUGGACUGGACUGAAGACUCAAUGAAGUUCUACGUGGAUGAUGAGCUUCUAUUGAAUGUUGAUCCUGCUACAGGCUUUUGGGACUUGGGUGAAUUUGAGAAUGAUGCACCAGGCAUUGACAAUCCAUGGGCUUACAAUCCUAAUAAACUCACUCCAUUCGAUCAAGAGUUCUACUUGAUCCUGAACGUAGCUGUAGGAGGAGUCAACUAUUUCGGUGAUGGGUUGACAUACACCCCAGCUAAACCGUGGUCUAAUGACUCCCCUACGGCCUCUAAGGAUUUCUGGUCUGACUUUAACACUUGGUAUCCUACAUGGAAUGGUGAGGAAGCAGCUAUGCAGGUCAACUAUGUCCGUGUGUACGCAGAACCAGGGCAGACAACUUAUCACCUACGUGAUCGUUAAAUAAUGUACCAUCAAACCUGCCGUGAUCAGUAAAAGAACCACGCAAAUUAGCCCCAUAAUUUCCAUAUUAAAAGAAGGUAAUUUCUAAUGUUUGGAUUCCAAUGCAAUAGAAAGUCCAUUUUGUAGAUGUUCGUAAAUAUAGCAUGAUCUUUUAAUAUUAUAGUCUAUAUAAUAUUCCAAUAUAUUCCAAAACGACGCGUACAAACAUGAGUAGUUUACAUGACUACAAUAAUGACAAUAUGAAACUAUACAAGAGAAAAAUUCUUACUUUGUUUUUGAGAACCAUGUGAAUAAUACAGAUGAGGUUUCCUGGGUAAACAACACUAUUAAUAUAUACUUUCAUAAAACCUCCCUCCAGACCUUGAUGGAUAACACCAUCUCUGACUGUCAGCAUGCACUGUUAUCAAUUACUUAAAUAUAAUCAAUGGUUAGUUACAUCAGAGUAUUGACUAUUAUCAUUGAAUUGUAUUUAUGUUCAUGGAUCGAUAACGUGGGAUUGCCUUCAAAUUUACAAAUGUAUCACCAUCUGUAUAGGUGUAUAUUAUCAACACAAAUCAGUGGUUUCUAAAGUCAAAAUUCAUGAAUAUUUCUGCCCUAGCUAAAGAGUUUGUAUGCUACUUUCAGCAUCACUUGGAAUUACAGUUAAAAUGAAGAUUGAAAUGAACCAUUAAUAAAUUAACUUGCCAGCACUAGA